AUGCCACCGAAUGAAAUACAAGAGAAACUUAAUUUAACGAAACUCAAUGGACAUAUGAAAUGGCAUUUGCAACCAGCUUGUGCCAUUCAAAACGAAGGUAUUCACGAAGGCUUUGAAUGGUUAGCAAAGUCUAUGGUCGAACAAGUUGAUCUAACUGAACCGAUCAAAGAGACAAUGACAGAUUUGACCAAAUGGGAAAAUCGAGUAAUGUCUUUAUGGAAGACAAUGGAUUUUAAAUCACUUUGGGAUAUAUUUACUCGAUUCUUUUAA